AUAGCUAACGUUAUGUGUGCUCAUGAACUCGGGUCAAUCAACAUCUUUGUUAGCUAGCUAGGAUGUAUUUUUGUUCAGUUUGUGGCAUGUGUCUUUGACAAUUUUUUUCCAAGGAAUAUUUCCCGUUUUCAGUUUUUAUCGAUAUGUGUACUAUGAUUUAUAUCAUAUGUGGCUUCUGGAUGGUUUGCAUACAAUAUUCUCACUGUAUUCUAAGGGCACCUGACCAGAUGCAUGACUAUACCACACCUAACACCUGUUUAACCCCAUCUGAGUGCUUACCCCUAAGCCUGUGGAAUGAGACAAUGGAAUCUGGAAGCGAGUUAGCAGUUGACACAAUGAAAAAGGAACUGAAAUCAAGGGCCAUUCUUGCAGAUUGUUCUACCAGGAUGAGAUCCAUUGUGUCUUUCUACUUCUGCUACCUGCUGUGCCUGUGCCUGGGGAUCGCCUGUGUGGUGUUUGUGUCCAUCUGGAACUCCCAUUGGCGUGGUGGCUUUGCCUGGGAUGGCUCGGCUCUUCAGUUUAACUGGCACCCUGUCCUGAUGGUCACAGGUCUGGUCGUGCUCUACGGCAAUGGAGCGGUGUUGUACCGCAUUCCCCUCACAUGGGGGCAGAAUAAGCUGCCCUGGAAACUGCUGCAUGCUGGUGUCAUGCUCCUGGCCCUGCUCUGCUCCAUCCUUGGCCUCUGUGCUGUGUUUGACUUCCACCACACCAACAGCACUCCCAACCUCUACUCCUUGCACAGCUGGAUUGGCAUUUGCACUACAGCACUCUUCACCACUCAGUGGGUGAUGGGCCUUGCUGGCUUCCUCCUACCCUGCUCACCCAUGUCAUUCCGCAAGCUGCUUAAGCCUGCCCAUGUGUGGAUGGGAGGCUGUAUACUGAUACUCAGCAUUGUAUCCUGCAUUUCAGGGAUCAACGAGAAGCUCUUCUUUGCACUGAAAGGAACCACCAAUGGAACAAUGCCAUAUGGCAACAUGCCACCUGAGGCAUUGGUCGCCAACUCGUUAGGAGUCUUGAUUGUAGCCUUUGGAUUGGUCGUCCUGAAGAUUCUGUCCAAUCAGAAAUGGCAGCGACCAGAGCCUCGAAGUGAAGACCUGGGCUACAGUCCACUGCUUCAAGACGACAGCUAAUAGAAGAGAUGAGGAGGCUUCAAACCCGCUCUCAGCCACUAACCAUACUACGCAAGCUAUCCAGAAAUGUUAUCUGCCCCUGCUGGGUCCAAAGUUGCCUUAAGCAAAUAAUGAGAUGUUGAAUGUCCUCGGACCAGGGCCAACACUGGGCAUAAGGGCCCCUGGCCACUUUGGGGUCUGAACUUACUGUUGAGAGUUAAUAUAGUAAUACACACUAGGUACAAUUUUAAAAUGUGUUAUUGCAUCAGCAGUUUUUCUCUUAUAUCAGACACUGACAGUCACUGAAUUAGCCAAUGUCAGCUAAAAAUGUUUUGAUUGGUAAGUUAGUCUAGCCAGCUAUCUAAACAUUGUAGUAAUCAUGGCCAAAUUACUGACUCGGCACGCAGGGCACAUGCCAAGGGGCCAUGAACUCCAGGGCGCUUACAUUGAUUUUGUUAGUCAUUCUCACUCAGAUAUCAUAUUGAAGUGAUACUUCGAGAUUUCGGCAAUGAGGCCGAAAUCUACUUCUGAUGAACUUGUGGAUGAACUUGUGGAUACCAUUUUUAUGGUUCUGUGUCCAGUAUGAGGCAGGCUAGAGGUAGUUUUGCAAGCCAAUGCUAACUAGCGUUACCCAUAAAUGUCCAGUUAUUGUGCUAUCUUCUGGCAUGCUAGCAGAUACCAAUAGACCUCCAGUCAUUGCGCUAACGCUAGUUAGACAUUGCAAUAGCGCUAGUUAGCAACUUCCUUCAAACCGUACACAGAGACAUUAAAAUGGUGUCAAGAAGUUCAUCUGACUCUGGGGAAGUCGAUAAAAGGCCUUGGUGUCAAAAUCCCAAAGUAUCCCUUUAACAUGGCAUAAGUCAGGGCAAAAUGUGUAAAAUUGCUGAAAAUCAGCUGGUAAACUGCAAAUGUUUCUCUGUCCCAUGGCAAAAUGAGUAGAAUUGCAUGAAAUGUACUUUCAAACUUAAAAAUGUUUCUCUCCGCUGUCAAGAUGGAACCACGGUAAUCUUUUGGCUGCGAGGUGGAGCUCACCCCAAGCAAAUCUUGCUUAGGGCCCCCAAAAGACUAGUGCUGGCCCUGGUCAUGACAGUGUUGUAAGCAAUAAUAUGUGUCCCAUCAAGAUAUAAGUUUUAUAAAUGUAUUAAAUAGUAGAUUUUACAUCGUUGCCUUCUUUUUUUAUGAAUAAAAUAAUGAAUAAAGUAUGAUAUACUCAAAGAUAA